GCGACAAAAAAGCCUCCAAAACAACACUGGCAACAAAGUUGCACGGAGUGUGUGUCUUGUGUGUUUGGGUGAGCGACAGACCACUAGCCCUAGACAACCACGAUGGCAAGUUUGAUUGUUUUACUUAAGAGCAUAGCAAUGCUAUGUUUUGCAAUAGCACAUGUUUCAAUCGUAUCCGUCCUGUCAGUUAUUGCACCGGGACUGACAAAGAAAAUCAUCCUAGAACUUGGUAAGUUGUCUACAAUGACACAGAACCCAAAAUUCAAGUAUGAAGACUGGGGACCAACCUUUGGGAGCUGGACUUUCCUCAAAACCGUCGCGAGUCAUUUGUGGAUUAGUCUUGGAGAAGAGGCAUUUGUUGGCCAUAAAGCUCCAGAUCCUACCGUUAUCACAAUGGAGAAAGAACAGAAAAAAAUGCUCAGUUUUCUCAAAGUUAACAGACCGCUGGUUUUGAGUUUUGGAAGCUGCACCUGACCUCCGUUUCUGUUUAAACUUGACGAGUUCAAGCAGCUCGUCAGGGACUUCGGUGAUGUGGUCGAUUUUAUUGUUGUCUACAUUGCAGAAGCCCACGCAACAGAUGGAUGGUCGUUUAACAACAACAUUGAUCUGAAGCAACACAUGAGUCUGGAGGACCGUCUGGCUGCAGCUGAAGUGCUGGCCAAGGAAGAUCCCCUCUGUCCCAUCGUGGUCGACGACCUCACGAACACCGCAGCUGCAAAGUAUGGCGCGCUGCCUGAGAGGCUGUAUGUUCUUCAGAAUGGCAACGUAAUCUAUAAGGGAGGAAUGGGUCCGUUUGGUUACGACCCCCAGGAGGUGCGGAGAGUGCUGGAGAAAAUCGAGUAAGACCCUGAGCUCAUCUUUCACCAUCGUACGGCCUAUGAGGGAUGGAUGUGACAUUUCCCUCCAGACACUAUCUACAUUCUACAGGCAAUGUGAAGAACAAUAGCUUGGUCAUAGUAAAGAGAGUUGCAUUAAUGGUCUUCAUCUGCACAGUGUCCCAAACUUGUCAUUUCAAUCCCUGUGUCUCGUUGUUUUUGUUUAUGAUGACUACAGAUCAAACCUUUUUGGCCUCUGUAAUCUGAUGUUUUAAAACAUGAGCUGGUGAUUAAAAAUGACAAGAGGGCACUUUCCACAAGCUGCAGAGACUUUAUGAACAUGUGUUUUUGUACUUUUGAGUAUUCCAACAGUUGUGUUCAUUUAGAUACAAAAAUCAAGAUGGGAUUUUUGAAUAACGUCUGUAAAUAUGUUUCUGUAAGGCUUUCAUAUUAUGUAAGACAUCUUAUUCUUGUUGAAAUGAAUACUUGACUCACUAAAAGCAUGAAUGCCACCUCUAAUACAUCUCUGAUUGGAUUCCAUUUAUAUAGUAUUUGCUAUAGAAACUGCCUCUGUCGCAGAUAAAAGGUAGCAUUUGCAAAUGAAACAUGUUCAUAUUAAAGAUGUUCAAAGAGUUAAGAUCAUUUCCCAACAAAAUAUGAAUAUGAGUUUCACCCUUUCCAUUUAGUGUUUAUUGAUUUUCAUGUUAUUCUUCUUGUUGUUGGUUGCAGGCAUUUAAAUCCGUUACAACAUGGCGUUUUAAAUUUGCUGUUACCAGAAUGGCAAUGAUCAAGUCGUAGUGCAUAAUGGCCCUGUGUUAAUUCAUAGUAAUGUAGUAUACUAUGGUAGUUAACUUUUCAAUUACUAUUGCAGUGUUCCACUGGUGGAAUGGUGUGCAUUAUGGGACUAUGUUAUGGUACCUAUGACUAUACCAUGGUCGAUAUCUUUGAGGCCAAACAUUUGUAACAAUGUAAUGGCAGUGAAAUGUUGAGGUAAGAGAGAAGAGCUCUUGACCAUGCAUAAUGCGUAUUGUUUGUCAAGGCCCACCCAUGAUUUUGUAUCUCCAGUAUGAUUUGUGAUGAUAUCAGUGUAAACCGGUUGGUCACUGGAAUCUGAUGGUUUCAUAACAGGUUGGAUACAAAGCUGUGAGUGAGCAUUGAUCUCAGAAUUGCUUUUACAUGGGAGGGCUGUGGCGCUUGGCCAUGGGGACCAGGUUGGAAUCCAGCCUCGGCCAUUUCCAAAACUUUCACCCACACGUUUCCUGUUACCAUCUAAUGAAGGCACAAAAGCCCAUGAAAAAGCUUUAAAAACAAUUGCUGUUGCAUUACAUAGUAGGCCUACCUGUUAUCUAUGUUUCAAUAAAUAAUCCCAUGUUGCUAA